AUGUGUUUAAAAUUGAUGUGGAGCCACACCGAAAUGGUUGUUGGAUUUAUGUCGUGUCACUUUGACUUCAAUAAAAUCAUUUAUCCGAACUCGCCAUCAAUGGCAAUCGGUGAAAUCAUCUCGUAUCACUCACUUCUUGACUUACAAGUUGCAGACUUAAGCGGUUUAUUGUUGCAUUCUCGUUUACAAAAGAAAACCGAACAGUUCAGUGUCGCUUUGAAAUUUGGUCUGAUCAUAAAUCGUCAUGCGCUUUUAUUCAUUCGACAAAUGCAUUUUGCAUGUUAUUUUAAUCACAACACAGUCGCUGCUGCACAAUUACUAUGGAAUGUUACCCAGACAUGA